GAAAGCGCACCGUAGGUUCGAGAACACCCCAGGCUCUUCCGCCGCCGCGGCCAUCUCCCGGUCUCCCCGUCCCCACGACGCCACGACUGACCAAGGCGAAGAGAAGCGGGAGCACUACAAAAGGGAAGCAAGGAGAAGUUCCCUGCCCUGACCCAUCUCGCUGCCGAGCGCCCCGACGGCCCAACCACGUAACUCCUUGUCUUCCUCCUCGAGCGAGCGCCGCCACCGCUGCCGAGCGCCCCAGCCCCCUCGCUCCGUCGCUCGUCUUCCUCCUCGUGCGAGCGCCUCCACCGCAGAUAUCUAUCUCCCCUGCAAUUCUCUCGUUCCCGACCGUUUCUCCUCCCAUCACCCCACGAACAGAUCCCGCCCUUUAGCUUCCCGUUGCAUCUCCUCCGCCCUUGGGUAAGAUGGCCAAGGAAGGAGCAGGAGGAGGGCCGGACUGGAACGGCCUGCUCAAGUGGAGCCUCGCCCACGGCGACGGCACCAACCCGCCGCGCGCCCUCAGCGAGGAGGACAGGAAAUGGUUUAUGGAGGCAAUGCAGGCGAAUACGAUCGAUGUUGUCAGCAGGAUGAAAGAGAUCACCCAGGUGAUGAAGACCCCUGACGAUGUGUUGCAGUCUCAUGGUGUGACUCCAGAGAACAUUGAAGAUAUGUUGGAUGAGUUACAAGAGCAUGUGGAGUCGAUUGAUAUGGCAAAUGAUCUCCAUUCUAUUGGUGGAUUAGAUCCUCUACUUGGUUACUUGAAAAAUUCACAUGCUGGCAUCCGAGCAAAGGCAGCAGAAGUUGUGAGUACAAUUGUGCAAAAUAAUCCGAAAAGUCAGCAGCUUGUCAUGGAAUCUAAUGGACUGGAGCCACUGUUGACAAACUUCAAAUCUGAUCCUAGCACAACUGCCCGCACAAAAGCUCUUGGAGCAAUAUCUUCUCUGGUUCGUAAUAACCAACCUGGACUUGCUGCCUUUUGCCUAGGAAAUGGCUAUGCUGCACUGAAAGAUGCUCUUGGUUCUGAUGAUGCUAGACUUCAGAGGAAAGCUCUACAUCUCAUGCAAUACCUGUUAGACAACAAGGCGGAUAGGAGCGUUGCUACAGAGCUUGGUCUCCCAAAUCUAAUGAUGCACCUCGCCUCCAGCGACGAUGCUGGAGUUCGAGAGGCCGCCUUAGGCGGUCUCCUUCAGCUGGCACGGGACAAGACACCCGCUGCUGGCAACACCCUACCUGAUCAAGACAAGCUGAAAGAUGUCCUCAGGAGCCGGAUCGAAGGCAUCAGCUCAAUGGACGCUGAUGACCUCCAUGCAGCCCGUGAGGAGCGGCAACUCGUCGACUCUCUCUGGAAGGAGUGCUACAACGAGCCAUCGUCUCUCAGAGAGAAGGGCCUCGUGGUGCUCCCCGGAGAGGAUGCGCCCCAACAGCCGCCACCAGAUGUUGCCGGGAAGAUGUUCGAGCCACCACUCCGCGCAUUUGCUGCGGUCUCGUCCGAAGGUUCUGACUCCGGCAGUGGGAAGAAGGAUCCACCCUUGCUGCUAGGCCCAUGAACGUCAUCCAGCUCCAGUUCGACCUCGUAGUGGCCAGUAGGGGUAUUCUGGAAGGCUGAAGACCAGGCAUGGUAGGAUUUGGAUGAUUUUGCAUGUACAACCUUAUAUGCUACGGUGGUUGUAUGACGCUGAUCAGCUCUGCGUUUUCAUUUUAGCGUUUGCCUGUACGGUUCUGGCAGAUGCUUGUAUUAUUAUUGCUCUGCUUUUCUUAACCUUGCUCAGAUGGUUAGAUGCUUGUUCAAUCUGACAUAUUUGCCCCA